AAGGAGGAUAUAAGCCAGGCUCUGGUCUACUGCAAGCAGCAGGGACAGCCAGCAGGAGAUACAAAUGCAGCUUGCAGUUCUGACAGCGGGCCGCCCUUUGACCUGCAGCAGCACGAUGACUCCGGUGAUACUGAUGUCCCUGGUCCUCAUGGGAGCCCUGGCCCAGCACGGGACCGAGUGGACGUACUCAGAGGGGGCACUGGAUGAGGAGCACUGGCCCAGGGAGUACCCCGCCUGCGGGGGGAAGAGACAGUCGCCCAUCAACCUGCAGAGGAAGAAGGUGCAGUACAACCCCUCCCUGAAAGCUCUGAACCUGACCGGCUACGAGGCCCAGGGGGGCGAGUUCCCCAUGACCAACAAUGGCCACACAGUGCAGAUCAGCCUGCCGCCCACCAUGCGCAUGACGGCCUCCGACGGCACCGAGUACGUAGCCCAGCAGAUGCACUUCCACUGGGGCGGCGCGUCCUCCGAGAUCAGCGGCUCCGAGCACACCAUCGACGGCAUCAGAUAUGUGUCAGAGAUUCACGUCGUGCACUACAAUUCUAAGUACAGCAGCUACAACGUCGCCAAGAGUGCCCCGGAUGGCCUGGCCGUGCUGGCAGCCCUGGUGGAGGUCAAGGAGUAUGCCGAAAACACCUACUACAGCAACUUCAUUUCUCACCUGAAGAACAUCAGGCAUCCAGGACAAAGCACAGUUCUGAGCGGCCUUGACAUUCAGGACAUGCUUCCUGAAAACCUCUACCACUACUACAGCUACCAGGGCUCACUCACCACUCCUCCCUGUACUGAGAACGUGCAGUGGUUCCUGUUGGCAGACACCGUCCGCCUCUCCAGGGCACAGAUUAGGAAGCUUGAGAACUCCUUAUUGGACUACCAGAACAAGGUAAUCCGCAACGACUACCGCAGGACCCAGCCCCUGAACAACAGAGUGGUGGAAGCCAACUUCAUGUAUCACCGUAACCCUCAACAUUUUCUAGGCUCCGAGCUCCAGUUUUACCUACGCAAGAUCGAGAGUAACCUCGAAUACUUGAGGAGAUACAUCGAACAGAAGAGGGCAAAGAGAAAAAGCAAGUAUGACUGAGCGGGCAGCGGGAGCUGGUGCAGGGAGCGGGGCCCGCCCCUGAGCCCACGCCCUGCCCUGGCUCCGAGGACUGUUUCCUGGAUCGUACCACUCCCCCGGAGGCACCUGCUGAAUUUCUGAUUAAAACAGCGGAAAUCAUCAUCCACGAAAGGAAGUGAUAUGAUUAAAAUGUAAGAGAAGGGAUUUAGUUAGACACCACUCAUGGAAAUGGACUGGAAUACACAUUUAAAGGGUUAACUAUCCUCCUGUGAAAUCAUGCAUGUUGAUCUUUCUAAAUUAUCAGCCAGCCCAGACUUCCCUGUAGCAUUUAGAGGUAAUAAAUAACUUUAGAAAUAG